UUAGUGGCUUCUUGUGUAGUCAAUAUUUACUUUUUUACAGGUAUUUGCAACACUGUAUACGGGUGUUAGUAAUAGGCUCCGCCUACAUGACCAAAUAUGGCUCACAAUACAAAACGUUUCGUUGACAAAAGUUUGCUGUCUAAUAUACUUCGUCAUCAUGAUGUACACAACAGAGUGCGGGAGGAGAGAGACACGUGGAGACUGUAUCGGAUAGAGAAGCAGAGACGUCCACGUGUCGUGCAGAGAGAGAGGGAGAGAUGUAGUAGGAGACGUCGUUCAUACAGCGAUUCUCCCAGGUCAAGCAGAGAUGCUCAAAAGAGAAACUCACCGUCAUUCUUCUGGACACAACAGCUGAUGGACAUUGAACUGAAUGAUCCUGAUCGUUGGGGUCACAGUGGCUACAAAGACAUGUAUCCCGAAGAAUUCGGUAUGAAACCACAGGCAACGGACGAGCACGAUAGCCCAAGUCAUAAAGCAAGAAAAAGGAAACAAGAAGGCACAAAAUCGUCAUCAAAAACGAAGAGAAAGAAAAAGAAAGAGAAGAAAGCAAAGAAAAAGAAGAGAAAAGUCAAGAAACGUGAAGCUAAAUCAGACCGAAGCGAUUCUGAUGAGAAUACUGACAACAGUGAGAGUGAGGCGUUUGAGAAAACACAAAGGAAAGUGACAACAAGAAUUAGUGAUGAAGGACACAUACAGCAGUCAAACAGCAGCAACAAUUCGGACAUGUCUAGUGAUCUUGAAUGCACAGAGAAGGGAUCCCACCAAACGUUUGAAACGAAGUCGGAUGAACGCCGUGUGUGUGAGAAGACGAGUGAAAUGUUGACGUGGACGAGAAGGCGUAGACAUUCUGAGCAAUUGUAUUACUCUGAUUCAGAGUGUGCAGGAGGAGGUAAGAGGACGCGUUGGAAAACGUCGUCUGUGAGAGACGGGCAAGGGGAUAGGGGACGGGUGAGCAGCGAAUCAGAUGAGUAAAUGGAUUCUAGUGAUUAGGUUUACUGUGUAAAGAGAUUAAUUAAACUUUGUUGUAGCUUCGUUAUACAAUGAGUAUAAAUAGUAAAGAUUUCA